UGUGUCCGCCAUUUUCAGGCGUAAAGGAAUCCGAAAUAGAAAAAAUUGUUGCCAAGUAUUUAUUCAAAUAUUCAAAGUGUCAUUUACUUCGGGUAUAAAAAGCAGAUGCGACAGCAAGCAAGUCACUGGUGUACAAUAUUGCCAACCUAUAGCACUGCAUUCACCAUGUCUUCUUUCCAAAUCUCAGCAUUUUGUUUGGUUGCUGUGCUGAUAUUUCUCGCCUAUCAAACCGCAGCACAAGAUCGAGCCACAUAUCUCACCAAUGGUGUCCAAAUUCCUUUGCCUCUGGAGCGUCAAGUUAAUGCAAUACCACCAUCAAAUUUUGUCGUAAAUCCACUAAUUGCCAGAAUGCUACAAAUUCAACAACAGGAAUCUCUAAAACCUUAUGAGUUUGGCUACAAUAUGAAUGAUGGAAAUGGAACUACUCAACACAGACAAGAAAUCCGCACUCAAGAUGGAAAUAUUCGAGGCAACUACGGUUACGUGGAUCCUAUUGGCAUUUACAGGAAAGUGGAAUAUUAUACCGAUGCUGAUGGUUAUCAUGCCAAAGUUGAAUCCAAUGAGCCUGGACUUUCCAAUAAAAAUAGCGCCAAUACCAUUUUCCUCGUUCAAAACCCACCAGUUGGAGCAAUUAUCCCUGAACAACGCCUGCCUCUGUCGCUUUUACACCGAGGACUUGAGGUGUAAUUACUGAAUUCUGUAGAAUACUUAAAUGCAGAAUGCUUCUAAAAUAAAAUUUAAUUACAAAUAUUA